AUGUCGCUGAGCCCACCUGCCUACCUCAGCUCACUCCAGAACAAUAUCCGAGCCCGUCCAAUUCCCUGGGACGGCGCAGUCCGCGCAGGGAACCUCACCGAAGAUCAGCUCAAGAAGAUCCGAUCGGUGGAUAAAGUCAGGAAAGAGCAGCGGAGGCAGACGAUUGAACAAAAUGUCGAAACAUACAGCGCCCUGCUAGUCGGUGGCUCAGAAGGUGGCAGUGUGCUGGAAAAGGCCUUCAAGCGAACCGAUAUCAUCCAAUAUAUCUUGGUUUUAGCAACAGACCUGAUCAGUGAUGCACCGGCUCUUGCGACCGCUAUCCUGAAACACCCUGAGCCCUACAAACUCUUUCUGUCGCUCCUCAACCAGUCUGGCAACCCAGAAGACCCCAUCCCUCUCCUCGCGGCCACAUUUUUGGUCAAUCUCGUUGCCAUUUCUUUAACGACGUCAUCGAAACCAGCCUCACGAGACGACGAAGUGCUCCCACAGCUCUACUCCUACCUUGCAAAGUUGGUUAAGAACCAGGACAGUGGUUUACAAGACAUCGGAGUCCAGCACACGUCACAGGUACUCCGGACAAGGCGGUCGAAAGAGCUGUUUUGGGGUCAAAGAAAGGACACGGUCGAUCCUCUGUUUGAGAUCUUGAGAAAAGCUGUAGGGGCAGCGAAAGACAAUGAUUCCACACUGUGGAGCGGCGCUACAAGCAUCAGAAGCACCGACACAAGAUUUGGAGGUGGUGUUGGCCUACAACUCAUGUACCAUGUGUUGCUUGUGAUAUGGCAACUCAGUUUCGAGGGCGAACUGGUCGGUGACGGACUUGAAAGGGACGAGGAGAUUGUACCACUCUACACACAACUUUUGCGAAUGUCACCAAAAGAAAAGACCACCCGUCUACUCUUAGCCACAUUGAAGAAUCUCCUGUCGACCAACAAGGAGACGUUGAUUGCAACAGCUACAACAGCGAGACUUCCUGCGCUUCUUAGCAAUCUCUCUGGCCGACAUCUGACGGAUCCUGAUCUGUUGGAAGAUCUUGAUGAGCUCAAGACCAUGUUGGAUGAAUACACCAAGAACCAGACCACCUUUGAUGAAUACGCCGAUGAGGUGAGUUCAGGCCAUCUGCGCUGGUCGCCACCUCAUCGGAAUCCCACAUUCUGGAGGGAAAAUGCGCGCCGAAUCAUCGAAGACAAGAGAGGCGAGCUACCUAAGAAGCUGGCCGAGAUUCUGUCUAAGAAUUGGGAGUCGGACAAACAAGUAUUAGCAAUUGGCUGCAAUGAUGUGGGCAAUCUCGUGAAAGAGGUCCCUGAGCAUCGAUCGACACUUGAUAGGCUGGGGCUCAAAGUUCGACUUUUAGAGUUGAUGGGUGACUCGGACGAGAGCGUUCGGUGGGAGAGCCUCAAGGCUGUGGGAGAAUGGAUGCGAUACACAUUUGACAAGUGA